UAAAUUGACAUCACAGAAAACAUAUAUAGCAACAUAAAUGAAUUGUUAGAACUUAUAGUAACAAUUUAUCAAAGCAUAGUAUUGGGUGGUUCAAGCUUGUUUGCAUCAAUAAAUUUGCAUUAAUGAAGGCAUUGAGAAUUAAGCGAAGCAGAUGCAGCUAUCAAUUUCUUCACCUCUUUAUUCAAACCGUGUGUUUUUAUGUUAAGCAAAUGGACAUAAAUAUAGAAGAAGCAAAAAAGGGUUGAAACUUUGAUCUAAAAUCCUACAAAAGUUCAAGGGCGGGACCUGGAUUUGGGGUUUUGCACUGCUCAAGAAGAUCAGUUUAGAGCAAAAAAUAGAAAGAAAAUGGCAGGAGGAGGAGCAGCUCCAGCAGCAAAGGCAAGUGAACCAGUGCCACAUCCACCAAAGGAUCAACUUCCCAAUGUUUCUUACUGCAUUACUAGCCCUCCCCCUUGGCUAGGCUGGCAACUAGAUUAAUGGCUAGAGAGUUGACCGUAUAAAUUAUUAUUUUGGUGGCCGACAUAAUAUUCUCUGUAUUGGCUGAGGCUAUUCUUCUUGGAUUUCAACAUUAUCUUGUUAUGCUUGGUACCACCGUCAUCAUUCCUACAGCUCUGGUUCCCCAAAUGGGAGGUGGAAAUGAGGAAAAAGCCCAAGUUAUUCAGACAUUGCUAUUUGUUGCUGGGCUAAACACCUUGUUGCAAUCUAUCUUUGGGACCAGACUGCCUGCUGUGGUUGGAGGGUCUUAUACCUUUGUUGCACCUACAAUCUCGAUUAUCCUUUCUGGCCGAUGGAGUGAUGAAGACCCCAUAUCGAGGUUCAAGAAGAUAAUGCGGGCCACCCAAGGUGCACUUAUUGUUGCUUCGACCCUUCAGAUUGUCCUUGGCUUCAGUGGUCUCUGGCGCAAUGUUACAAGGUUAUUGAGCCCUCUUUCAGCUGUUCCUUUGGUUUCUCUUGUUGGCUUUGGGCUUUAUGAGUUUGGUUUUCCUGGGGUUGCCAAAUGUGUUGAAGUUGGGUUGCCAGAGCUAGUCCUUUUAGUUAUUUUCUCUCAGUAUUUGGCCCAUUUGAUACGCCCAGGGAAGAAUAUCUUUGAUCGUUUUGCUGUUAUUUUCACGGUGGCCAUCGUGUGGAUUUAUGCACACCUACUCACUGUUGGUGGGGCUUACAAUGGAAAGCCACCAAAGACACAAGCAAGCUGCAGAACUGAUCGUGCUGGACUCAUUAAUGGUGCUCCAUGGAUUAGUAUUCCUUACCCCUUCCAAUGGGGACCUCCGUCAUUCGAUGCUGGUGAAGCUUUUGCUAUGAUGAUGGCUACUUUUGUUUCUCUUGUAGAGUCCACUGGUGCUUUCGUUGCAGUUGCAAGAUAUGCAAGUGCCACUCCCUUGCCGCCAUCCAUACUUAGCCGUGGUGUUGGUUGGCAGGGUGUUGGAAUUUUACUAUCAGGACUGUUUGGCACUGGGAAUGGAUCUUCUGUAUCUGUGGAGAAUGCUGGUCUUUUAGCACUGACACGUGUUGGCAGUAGAAGAGUUGUUCAGAUAUCAGCUGGGUUCAUGAUUUUCUUCUCAAUUCUUGGGAAAUUUGGAGCAGUCUUUGCUUCAAUUCCAGCACCCAUUGUAGGUGCUUUAUACUGCCUUUUCUUCGCUUAUGUAGGCGCGGGAGGCUUAGGCUUCCUUCAGUUCUGCAAUCUUAAUAGCUUCCGCACCAAGUUUAUAUUAGGUUUCUCUGUCUUCCUGGGUUUGUCCGUCCCACAGUACUUCAAUGAGUAUACUGCCGUUGCUGGUUAUGGACCUGUUCACACACAUGCAAGAUGGUUCAACGACAUGGUCAAUGUGCCAUUUCAAUCGAAAGCUUUUGUGGCGGGUGUUGUGGCUUAUUUUCUAGACAACACGAUGCACAAAAAGGAUGGCCAGACAAGAAAGGACAGAGGCAAGCACUGGUGGGACAAGUUCAAGUCCUUUAAGACUGACACAAGAAGUGAGGAAUUCUACUCCCUCCCUUUCAAUCUAAACAAGUAUUUCCCAUCUGUGUGAUUGGUAACAGCAUAGAGGCAGAAGAUUUCAUACUUCAUACUUCCACUUGCUUUCUUCCUGACCCUUGAAAUCUGAAAGAAACAAGUAUUUUCUUUCAUAUGUACCCUCUUAGAAGUAUAGAUAGUCCAACCAUUUUGAAGAAGAUUAGGACUACAGUUAUUAGUUAAGUUUUCUCAUUGUUGUAAAUUCAUGGUUAUAUGGAUUUAACUGGCGCAAUGAAGCAAGUUUGCUUCUUUCAAACUCUUGUCCUGAUGUGUGCAGCAAAAACUCCAGUAUGAUAGGAGAAAGGAAUCUUUUGAAUACAAGGGGAAAGGAAUUUGUUACAGUAGCUGGCUAGAAUUCUUUUUUCAUAAUAUAUAUAGAGAACAGUCAAAAGUGACAAGUACAAACAACAGAACACUUGAUGAAUAUUUUGACAAAGGAAGAUUGUAUAGGACAUACAAUCAUUUAUGUAACCAAUUAAAUGAUGGUGCUGGUACACUGGUACUGAAGAGGAGAAAAGGAAAUUGGACCACUAUGAAUCGUCCUUCGUUGGAUUUGAAGACAGGAAAAGCAUACACAGAAUUGGACAGGCACUUCGAUAAUUUUUUGUUGUCCUUUUCUUGGGUUGGAAGAGGAACCAAAUUUUGACAACCAACCAGUGUCAGAUAUUCAUGUUGAUUAGGGCAAUAUAAUACACUUAUACUAUAAGAGUUUUUACACUCUUACUAAACUCUACUUAUGACAUGCAAAUUACAUAUAGUUAUUUUCUAGGUGAUUUGAUAAUGUAAAUAAAUUUGAUACCGAGAUGUAUAAGUUUUUUUUUUCUUCA